CCUCUGAUAAUCGAGUCAAAUAGCUUCCGAAAAAGGAGUUUCUUAUCGAGACUCAUUCAAUAUCUUUCAUCGCCAUGUCCGUCGACCAAGUCUUUCAGUCAUGGUACAAGGGCGAUAAUGCAAAUAAAACGGAUAUAGCGCAAGAGGCGUUCAAGUCGGUUAAGAAACACUUCGAACAGAGCAACUCGUUAAGCAGUGACGAGAGGGCUCUUCUGGGGAAGAAGUCGUCGUUACAGGACGUUGAAAGGGCAGUUAGCGAUGCUUUCGCAAAGUACGAAGCUAAGAGCGAAGCCUCCAAAACACGGAAAUGGCUUCUGAAAGCUUCUGAAUCAAUAUGCCAUUAUGGCCAAGUACUCGAUGUCUUUGUUCAACAUCAUCCCGAAUACGUUUCCUUGGCCUGGGGACUAAUGAAGGUGAUGUUUAUCAGCGUGGUCAAUCACGGCGAGACGCUCAAAUUACUGUCAAAAUCGCUUUUUGAGGUGGCCCAGCGUCUUCCACGAAUCGAACAUCUAUCUACCCUGUAUCCGACCAAGAACAUGAAGCUAGCCAUUGAAAGCCUCUACUCUUGUAUCAUGGAGUUCUUACUUAUAGCUCACUCAUGGUGCAAUGAGUCAAAGUUCCGACACAUUUAUCACAGCUUCACAAGACCACAUGAGUUGCGCUACAGCGACCUCUUACAGAGGAUAGAAACUUGCACGGACAACAUCAACGAACUGGCGACCGUGGGGUCACAAACUGAGCUUCGGGUUAUGCACAACACACAAUCGACAAAGUUGAAUGAGAUAAUCACGAGCUUACAGACCAGUGAGAAGACUAGGCAAGCACAGAUAGACGGUCUCAAUUGCGCUAUUUCGAGAUUGGAGAUUUCGAGUCGAGAUCAUGACAGGAAGCUCGACUUGAUCAUGCAGUGGCUAGAAGCUUCUGGGUUGACAAUUAACGACUUGUUGACAAAGAUUGAGACUUUUCACUCCAUUCAGACAAGUGCGCAACUUGACACAAACCAAAAGCUCUCGGCUCUGCAGUUAUCCCAAGCAUUGGCAACCUUCUCUCGGAGUCUUGAAGAUCCCAAGUCCCUAUAUAAACACCACCUAUUCCUUCGUAACCGGAGGGCCUCAGGCAGAGGAUCAACAAUAUCUACCAACGAGUUCUGGUUGUCGCCCAAGCUUGCCAAAUGGUCCUCUUGUCCACACUCUUCCCUCACUAUCGUCAGAGGUAGCUUCACGACUCGCUGGGCGAUCCAAGAUUUCGCCAUAGAUAUCAUCCAAGCAGUUACCAUGAUGAACAUACCAGCGCUUUGGGUAUUGGGUAGUGCGAACAAGGCGAGCCCCAAUGCGAUGCUGAGCCCGGCCGAUUUGGUGAGGUACCUGACUUACCAAGCCUUGCAAAUUGAGGGAACAGUAACGACAGAGAAGCAGAUGUCAUUGCGACAUUCACAACUCGAGGAAGCUAAAACUAGUCAGGAUUGGCUUGGACUCUUUAAGCUAAUCAUGCAAGACUUAGGAGGGCAGAUUUAUAUCAUCAUUGAUCUUGCAACAGUGAGCUCUGGUUUGAAAGGAUCUGGUCAAGUCAACUUGAUCUACCAACUGAACGAGAUGUUGGAAGAGCUAAGCAACAAGGGAUCACACAAGGGAUCACAAACAAAGGUCAAGAUCAUUUUACUUGUCUAUGAGUAUAAUUGGAUGAGCUUGAUUCCCAGGGAAAUUCAUGAUCGUCUUGUCCCAGUAAAGAUAUCGGGGACUAAAGGAUUGCAAGGAAGACGAAUGCGGACAGCCGUUCAUACACGAAUCCUGCCAAAACAGAGAGCAAAGGCAUAACUAAAACAGCAAUAAGAAUCUUGGAGUAAACACCUGCAGUUGAUACGGACAGAACACGUAAAAUGAGGAGAUAUGACGUGAGGCGCAACGUCAUGACUCAAAUACGAGUAUAUGAGUCAAUCAAUAUCGAUCUUCAAUUAUCAUACAAUACGAG